UCCACGUUUCAGCAGCCGGUCACAGAGUACCAGACUUCAGCGCGCGCAGAUUCUCCGAGAGAUCACGACCAAACCCGAACCUAACAUUCCUCCGUUAUCACCCACGAGCUCAGACUGACAGCUGACCUGACCCGUGUCCCCUUCACGGCAGCGGCACCCUCUGACUAAAAAAAAAAAAAGAAAAGAAAGAAAGAAAAAAGAACAUUGACCCAUUACUCGAAGCCGUAAAGUGAACCAGACGAGGUGGGCUUAAUUCCCCCCACCCUUCCCCAGCACCACGUCUGUGCUCUCUGAGGCCGACACCGACACAUUCCGAGGAAAAUCUUUCGUCCCGCUGCUCCCCUCAUCUCUGCCUCGUCUGUAGCCGACUCAUUUUGCUGCGCCCGGGAUCAUGGCGGAGUACACCUCUUUGCUCAGCGACCUGUCUGAAAACAUAACCAACGAGGACUUGGAGCAGCUCAAGUCAGCCUGCAAGGAGGACAUCCCUGAAGACCAGAGCAACAACAUCACCUCCUCCAAGGAGUGGUUCAGCUACCUGGAGAAGAACGACAAGCUCGCCCAAGAUAACCUGUCUUACAUCGAGCACAUCUUUGAGAUCUCUCGACGGCCGGACCUGCUGACCAGAGUGAUAGAGUACCGCACCACUGUGCUCAAGAUCUCCGAGGACGAUGAGAUCGACACCAAGCUCACACGCAUCCCCUCCGCCAAGAAAUACAAAGACAUCAUCCGCCAGCCCUCUGAAGAUGAAAUCAUCAAGUUGGCGCCUCCUCCUAAAAAGGCAUGAGGUCAAUGUCCGGAGUCCCAAUCUUGGCACCUUGAUUUCUCCACUUCCGGCACUCAAAUCGUCCAACCAGCCAUUUUCCAUCAGCCCUGUUAACCA